AUGGCAACAAACCCACAGUAUAUCAAAUACCAAGACUACUAUAUAGUAAAAAAAUCAUUUGUUUAUACACCAACAGACGAAUUUAAUAUUAGUUUUGUAAACGCUUUAAUAAAAGACAUACGUAAUACACCAACAAAGGAGAAACUGUUAUAUAAGACCUUUUAUGAGUUAAAGAAGUUUAUCAGUCGUAACCAUAGUUUCUUGGAAUAUGGUAAAGAAAAAUGUUGUAAUUAUAUUAACUACUGGUUAAAUAAAACAGUAAGAGAUUCAGAGUAUGGUGUAAAUAAAGAAAAGUUUAAAUUUUUUGAUGAAUUUAUGCAACGUGACCCUAAAGCUUCAGAUGGUCCGUUUAAUUGCAUAUCGAAAUUAAGCUAUAUGGACACUGAUUCAUUUCAAAAAAUGAAAAAAUUAUAUGAUUUGUACGAUUAUUUCACAGAACUCAAAGAACAUGAGGAUAGUUCAACAUUAUGUAGAAGCAUUAGUGAUUUAGCUAAGAAGUAUGAAAGUAUGAUGCGGGAAUAUGAGAAAGACAAUAAAUUAUGUAAUAUGUUAACAAAUCUAAGAGGAGUAAUCGAAAGAGAUAAAUUAGUUGCUAAAGAUAUAUGUGAAAAGAACACUUUUGAUUCAUUUAUUUUAAAAAUCGAUCCACCUCGUGAAGAACAAAAGGAGGUAACAGCACAUGCAUAUCGUGGAAUCUCUGGAGAAGCACGUCCCCCAAAACACUCUUCAGUUUCUUCACCACAAGUACAUCGUGGAAUCUCUGUAGAAACACGUCCCACAAACCCCGUUUCAGCUUCUUUACCACAAGCACAUGGUAGAUCCCCUGGAGAAACACAUACCCGACCCCUCGUUACAGCUCCUUCAUCACGUGUACAUGAUAGAAACUCUGUACAAACACCUACCCCAACUSCUGUUUCAGUUUCUUUAUCACAAGCAAAAGGAUUGGAAAAACCAGCGGGGGGAGAGAGUGAACGAACAUUAUCAGUACCCCAAGAACAAUCUCCACGACCACUACCACUACUAUUACCACUACCAUCAUUAGAACAAUCAGAUCCAUUAGAAUCUUCAGAAGCAGACGAAUACGGAGGGCCAAAAGGAUUAACAGAAACAGAAUCAGAACUACGACAAGAACCACAAGAUGAAGAAAGAUAUCAACUAGAACGUGAUGUAGAUCCUUUUAACGAAGACGAAGAAUAUACUUCCCUACAGGAAGUUGAUCCACCAGCAGGUUCAAUGCAGUCCACAUUUGACACAGGAACGAUCAUGGGAACGAUAAAAGGUGCCGUUUCUAACGUUUUAGGAGCUGUUGAACCGGUGCCUGUUCUUGGUGUAUCCGGUGGUAUGGGUGCAUUAUAUUUACUAUUAAAGUAUACCCCAGUUGGAUCUCUCUUUGGAAGAAAUAGAAGGAACAACCAAUAUAUCCCUAAUUUUUACGAUCCAGGAUACAGGGAACAAUACUCAGAUUAUUAUCCGGAGUAUUAUAAUGAAGAUUUUCCAAAUAAUCGAAUGAAUAUAGCUUAUCAUCCUUCGUCAUAUGAACUAGACUAA